UCUUCUAAGGCAGACUCAUUAGUCGCUCCAGCAUCCGGUCGCGGCAUACAUAUUUCCAUACACGUUGCUCCUCUCGUCGCUCGUACUACGCUUCGCGUCUCCCCGUCGCCCCACUUCCCAUCCCCCUUUUUUCACCGUAUCCGACAGAUCGUCGGACCCGGUCUCACCCUGUCUCGAUCUUCUCCCUCGAUCCCCCCCUGAUCACCCUCCGUCUCGAUCCACGACUCCGGUCCACGGGGGGUCGUGUCGACCUGACGGCCACACUUUGGCACACGUGCGAGUCGCUCCCGGCUGAGCUGAGGUGUGUUCCUCGGCUCCCGACGCGUAAACACCGUGCGAUCAUACCGUGUGGUCCCCGCGAGAUCGAUGUCGGCUUGGACGCUGGCUCGUCGCUGCUGUCAUCCGGCGUUCUUCUUCCGGUAGCCGGUGGUCGCGCCGGGAGCCGCGUCCCACCGGCGAAGCUUAACCCUUCACGAUCAAGAGCGGUCUGCCUCGAGAUCGUUGAUUUUCUCCCGCGGAUUCAGCAAGUCCUAGCAGCCGCGACAGUGCGUUUCUCUCUCUUUCUUUCUCUUUCUCUUCCUCCCUCUCUCUCUUUCUCUCUCUCUCUCGCGAGUAGCCGGCACAAGAUCUCAGCGAAGUGAGAAACGAAGCGACUUCCGGCGACCCGGGCGCGAACGGGAAGGUCGCGUAGGCGCGUCGAGGUUGGUCGCGGGGUCGACGGCCGCGAUACGCCAGCAGCAGCAGCAGCAGCAGCAGCUGAAGGCGGUGGCGAGGAGGUGGCGACGAGGAGGAAGCGGAGGAAGAGGAGGAACAGCACGACGGAGGAGGCGACGACGACACGCUGCUACGUUUCGGCUAAUGGUCGAGACGUCGAUCCGUCACUUCAGCACGCUCAAGUUACCGAUGCUGCAGCCACCGUCUCCCCUCCUGGAGAUGGCGUCCCUGCGUUUACCGGACUCGGACGAGUUCGACGUUGACACGCGUCGCAGGAGCAACAACGGCAACGUGCCGGCUACGACGAGUGUCGCCGUGAGUGCGCCGCCGCCUGGUACCGGUACCCUGCUGCAGAUGAAGAACGACAUCGGCGACUACCUCAACAAUAUCAUCACGGAGGUGAUCGCGACGAGUCCGCGCGGCGCGAUGGAUGAGGGCCAGGUUCACGGGCUGUUCAACGCCAGCAAGACGAAUCUGUCAGCGAUCGAGCAGAGCCCCGACCGGCUCUACCGGCACAGCAUGGCCAUGUCGGCCGUCUACUGCGUGGCCUACGUGGUCGUAUUUGUGGUCGGUCUGAUCGGCAACAGCUUCGUCAUCGCCGUGGUGUAUCGCUCGCCACGUAUGCGCACCGUCACGAACUUCUUCAUCGUCAAUCUCGCGGUCGCCGACGUGCUCGUCAUCGUCUUCUGCCUGCCGGCCACGUUGAUGAGCAACAUCUUCGUCCCCUGGUUCCUGGGAUGGUUCAUGUGCAAAGCGGUCGCUUAUAUACAGGGCGUCUCCGUGGCGGCCUCCGUCUACAGCCUGGUCGCGGUUUCUCUGGACAGGUUCCUGGCGAUCUGGUGGCCGCUGAAGUGUCAGAUCACGAAACGGCGGGCUCGCAUGAUGAUUGUCGUGAUCUGGUUUAUCGCCCUAACGAUGACGUCGCCGUGGCUACUGUUCUUCGACCUGGUCGCGAUCUACGAGGACGAGCCGGACCUGCGUCUUUGCCUGGAGACGUGGCCGCACCCCGAGGACGGCUCGUUGUUCUUUCUAAUCGGCAACCUGACGCUCUGCUACGUACUGCCGAUGAUCCUCAUAUCCCUUUGCUACAUCCUUAUCUGGAUAAAGGUGUGGCGCAGGCACAUACCUACCGACACCAAGGACGCCCAAAUGGAGAGGAUACAACAGAAAUCGAAGGUGAAGGUGGUUAAGAUGCUGGUGGUGGUGGUGAUACUCUUCGUGCUCUCGUGGCUGCCGCUCUACGUGAUCUUCGCGGUGAUCAAGCUGGGCGGCGACGUGGCCGAGCGCGAGGACGAGAUCCUGCCGAUCGCCACGCCGAUCGCCCAGUGGCUGGGCGCCAGCAACUCCUGCAUAAAUCCGAUCCUCUAUGCCUUCUUCAACAAGAAGUACCGCCGCGGCUUCAUCGCCAUCCUGAAGAGCGGCCGGUGCUGCGGCAAGCUCAGGUAUUACGAAACCGUCGCGAUGAUGUCCUCUUCGACGAGCAUGCGCAAGUCCUCGUACUACGUCAACAACAACAACAAUAACAAUAAUAACAACAACUCGUCGACGAGACGCGCCUGGCACGGACCGCCGGUCCAUCAAGACAGCAACGUCUCCUACAUAUUCAAUCACACCGGCGUGUAAUCGCGGUGACCGCCUGAGCCGGAGGCGCCUGAAGCGCCUCCGCUUUUGUCACACUUGCGAUUCAACCGGUCGAACAAACUACAAGGGGACCACCACGGUGCGGUGGACCCUCUUCGCGGCCCCGACGAAGCCAAAUCCGUGCCGAAGUCCGCCGGUCCGAGAUUCCCGGGUCAUCCUGCGGAUGAUAGACACGAUUGUUACUCGGGUCGGAAGUCACCGACAGGAAGACGAGCGAGCGGAAGAAGGGCGACAGGGAGGGGAGGACCCCGAGGGUUCCGGAGACCUCACCCGACCAAAUCAGACCACGGGGCGGGUCGUCGUCCUGCCAUUGUCGUUACCGAAGACAUCGUUGUCUGGAUUUUGUCACAAUGUAGCCAUUAUGUAUAUGUAACAUACUCUAGUUGUUAAGAGAGGACCUCGCCGUUUUUGUGGGCGCGCGCGAGCGCGUGGUCGUUUGUUCCAAGAGGGCGACGCGAGAUAGCCUGGCUUCCCCGGCUGACUUGCGGGGAGACUCGCGGAAUUACGUUUUGAACGAAGCCCUUACUUAGGAUUUGUCCUACAUGUCGAGAUAUUUGUAUGUCUGCCGUCUCGAGUGCACGCUCGGAGCGGAUGGUAGAUCUAGUUAAGUGUACCAAUUAAAUGUGUAACGUGCGAGUUCGUACGCGAUCGUACGUUCUCUCCUCGCGUGUGUCGAGAGUGUAAUUAGCGCGAGUGCGACGAGAUGACAAUAUUGUCGGCUCACACACGAUGGCCCAAGCUCGCUCACGCGGCCACGUCGCGAGCACGUUGUCGAGUCGUUGUCCCUCGACGGCGGAUUGCGUCGUGGCUGGCUCUCACUUCCGCCCGUCAUGAGGGAGACAAUUAGGCGCGCGCGACAAUUACUCGACGCUUCUCGGCCAAGCGGUUGCGUAAUUAAGAGGGCGAGAGUGAAGGCGUGCAGCACUCUCGUGCAUGGUGCACGCUUCAUCGGGCGAACCGACCGCGGCUGAUGGUCGGAAGAGGACUCUGUCCGCGUGAUUUUUGAAAAUAGAGAGCGCCCAGCUAGCCGGGGUUUCAGCAACUGAUCGAACGAGUCGGACAGUUGGCAUUUCGAGAUCGAACCUUGAACCGGUCGCUUCUCUUUCAAACCUGCGCGUUAUGUCCGUAUAUUUUGGCAAUAUAUUUUUCAACGGGAAGCGCCCCGAACGGAAAGGGUGGGUCCCGCGCAAGGUUGCGAGUCGCGACUCAUCGUCACGUUCUCCCGGCGGGCAUCCUUGACGACCUUUCAAACUUUUUGCGCCGUAAACAGGACACGGAGAAACGGACGAGAUCGGGAAAACGUUAUUUUGUGAGCGCGUACAUAGAUCUGUGUGUCACGUGUGUACGUAUGAGUGUGCAUGUAUGUGGGGGAGGCGGUAAUGGAUAAUCGAAUCCUUGUAAACACUCCGUCUCUCCGUGGGCGAGCGAGCGAUUCUCCGUGUACUUAAAAUUACACGCUAAGGUCAAGUGCGUGUAUUCGCGUUUACGGAUAUAUUAACUGAGUUAGUCCUUCGGUGGUCCUUCCGCGUAACGUCGUUUCUCGCACUUUACGCAAAACAGAUAGAAAGAGGCCGCAGUAAAGCGCACAGGGGAUACCACACAAAGUAUCGUCUCUAAAGGAUCUUGAAGAUGUCUCAUUCUUCAACGUUCUCCGGGCGUUUUCCAGACAUCUCUUGUACUGCACUUCGUGUUAUCCGGAAGUCACACUGAAAAAAAGUCUUGUAACAGUUAACAGAUGCAUUUGGUCGAGCGUUUCAACGUAACGUUUGGUUAUUAAUAUCAAAUUGUUAAUAGUCACCAUCCAUUCGUCUGCCAAUAAUUACAGGAUAAUUAGCGAGGUAAAUUGUUCUUUUAAUUAAACUAAUUAAAUGGUUUGGUAAAUAACAGCAAAUAUAACUUGCUAACAAUUUCACUCUCAAUUACAGUCUGUCACCCAAGUAUUUAGUCACUUUAUGUAGUCACUUUGUGUCACGUAAUAUGGUAGGUAUUACUGAAUAAUACGGUUUUGGUUGACAAAUUGUUUGCAGAUACGUAUCACUUAGAUUGGCGACAGUCAAGUCGACAGACCAAGUUUGAAUGAGCCUCGCUAAGGUUAUUUGCUAACGCUCACCAAAUUCUUCGAUUAUAUUCAUCUACACACGUUCUCAGUUGAAACUAUUUCACCAGAGUGUCUGGUAACUAUUGUCCAGACUUGAUGGUUAUUACCAGGCCUUUUGUUCAGUGUACAGAGCAAAAAUACCGUUAUAUCGAGAGAAAUUGCCAACAUUGUCGUAAUUGAAGUAAACCUUCUUGAUUCAACAAUAUCAUACUUGAAACUAAUACAUCAUACAUUAUUUCGAUGACUCACGUGUCAGUUUCAAGUGGCAUUGCUGUUCAAUCGGGAAGAUUUACUUCAAUUACGGCAACGUCGGCAAUCUUCGCUGAUGCAACAGCAUUUCUCGUACGUGUACGACCACUGAAAGGAGGCUUCGAUUGCGCGCGUUGUAACACGGCUGCAACGAAAGCGAUCGUUUCCCGAUCAGGAUAAUCCCGAUGGGAUCUUCUCGGGCGCGAUUGUCCGUUCGAGUUCGGAUGGAGGGCGCGAGUACGAUUCAUGACAGUCUUCUGAAGCCGCGAUACUUAUCACGCGCGUUUCGCCGUCGAACGAGAUGACACCCGUCGACGAUAAAUCAAGAACGCACUUUGUCCAUUGACACCGUGGCCCGGAUGGGACCGUGUCGCGGGAUUUUCGCGCGCUCGCGCGCCUUGUAACGCAAUAGCGAUAUCGAGCAGUUGUAUCACUCACUCGUUACAUUUUAAGGGCCGGCGUUGAUCGGCUUUAGAGGUUUAGGGCGGUUUUGUCCCCCUUCUCUCUCCCCUUUCCUCCUCCUUCGGAGAGAGAGCGGGAUUACUUUGGAUCUUUAUAGCUGUAAAAAAAAAAAGGAUCGCGGUAACGUCAUAAGCGAAAAAUGUCGGAUUUUACGAUAGAACAAUUAUUUUCGUAAGAUUUUUAUACGAGGCGAAGGCGAGAGUCCGUAAGUUCGUAGGUGUAACGAAGACGUAUGAAUUAUUAUAAGGCGGCCCUGCCGGGGCUAUCCCGAUUCUCAUAUCUAUCCGUGGUACGGCACACGGCCACCCUCUCGAGGUGGGUAUCGCGAUUAGCUGUGACGGUGGUAAUAAGGUAGACAUGGCGCGAAAGGAGACCAGCGUUAGCGCAAGCGGAGGAGCGCAGUCGGAGUCGGAUGUUACACGGGUGAAUUUUUAUCUUUACUCAAUUUUUAUUUUUUUAUUUAAUAAAUUAUAUAUAUAUAUAUAUAUAUAUAUAUAUAUAUAUGUAUUAUAUUUAUAUAUACAUUUUUUAUUACGUUAUAAAUUUUAUUAUAUAUAGAUUUUACUUUUAUAUUUAACUUUCCAUCUCAAAUGUGAAAAUUCAAAGAAACUCGUCCGAUUGAAUUGCUCGCGAUCCCACGAGCAAAACGAAUAUCGUUCACGUGUAACAACUCUCUUAUUCGGACGGGAGUUUUUUUUUCCUCGGCUACAAUUUCGGCUUCUUGCAAGUUUCUCGGGAGUUGUUGAUUCCUCUUGAGGUCCUCAUUUGAAAGGAAUUUGUAUUCUCUUGGAAAGUUUCUUUCGCGAGCAAAGCUCCUCGAGCAAGGCCGCGGAAACGCUCGGGGCUCUGAUGUAUGUACGAUUUGUCGGAUUUAAAUUUCGAUGUUAGGGACGAGCACUCGUCUCUGUAUUUACUCGCGGCGAUUGGCGCGAGACUAACAGGUUCACCGUGCCUGCAGCAUCGGCAAUUGAACGCACCGGAAUCCCAUCGAUCCCGGCUACAAUCGCAAGCUGCAACUGAAUACUUGCGUACGCGUACGCAGAAUGUCGAGCGCGCUCGAGUGUACGAACAUGAAUAUUGCAACACACGUAGUGUACACACGUAAAAAUUAAGCGCAAGUCUAUCCGCUGUGUCUGUGUAUAUGUACAUAUUAUACAUCUCUAUACAUAUAUAUAUAUUUAUCUAUUAUUACUACACAUUGUUACUGCAUGCACACGCAGACACACAUAUACACAUAUGUUCCAUGUUCAUCGUUUCACCGAGAAUCUUCUUCAUAUCGUAGAUCGUUAAUGGCCCAUUUGCCAUCGAUCUCCGUCACGGUGUACCUUUUGUACGCAUCUUAGUGGGAUAAGCUACUUGACAGUUAAAUCAUAUGUCUGUCUUCAUUUUUUCUUUGGACAGAGGCAGACAUAUGAUUUAACUGUUAGGUAGCUUACCAAGAAGUUGGAACAAUUGACCUUUAGAGGCUUCAGUUUUAGAGGGUUACGCCACGGGGCUAUUAACGAUGGACGUAUGCUGGUGACUGACUCCUCGGACUGCAUCGCGUGACAGUUCGGGAGCGAGUUGCCGUUGAUAGGUGUCUUAUUGUUCGCUCAGCAACAGCUUUUAGAGCCAAGUUCGUUGCGUUUGUAACUUAGAUAAGUGUGAAGGGCCGUUGUAGAAUGAAUGACCCGUGAGAGAAACGCUGGUAUUGGGGCCGUAAAAUGAAUCUAGAUCGGGAUAUUCGAAUGUAUCCGGAUGAUGAUGAUGAAAUUCGAUGUUGAGAUUCGAAGGACCAGCAUCGAGACAAAAGAAACAAUCGAACAUGAGUCAAGUGCGUCGAGCAUCAUAUACGUUUCCGGAUUGGAUCAUCAUUUGCAUCUGAACGUUGUACAAAAAAAAAUGUCAGUUGGUGCAAGCGAAUAGGAACCAACUGAAAAUAAGGUGAUCAGAAGCGAUAUCUGUUUUGAAAACUAAUAUUUCUGUUGUCGCAAACGAAAAUAUUCGUCUGAACAUUCAGCGAUAUUAGAACUUGAUUGGAGCAACUGAAAACAAUUGAUUAUAUAGAAGCCUCAUAAAGGAAUUUUUCUGUUUCUACUGACAAAUUUUCGUCCCUAAGCAACCGAAAAUUCGAUUGCACCAACAGAAUUCUUUUUUCCGUGUACUUAAUAGGAAAAGGUACUCUUCCACCCGCGUUGCAAACAAUAAAUGGAAAUAAAAAAUGGCUGACGAAACUCAAGAUAAAAAUCCGGAAAUUAUAAACCUAUUUUUAUUUGAAUUUUGUCAGAUGCAUUUUCUUUCUAUCUAUUGAUUUGUACUUGCACGCAUUUUUUGGGAUUCGCCGCUGCAAAUUCGAUGAAAUUUACGAAGUUUCUAAUUGAUCUAACGUAUAAACUGCCCAUGAACAGUUGAAUAAAAUAACGUAGUGCACCAUUUCAUACUCGAAUAUUUUAUAUAUAUUCGACGGAUUCUCCGCGCUGAGAGAAAAGGGUAGUUGAAUCGACAAAAUCACCGGCAAAUAAAUAUUAUAUCUAUUGGACAAAUUACACGCGUUAGCACAACAACAAGUCGCGCUGAUACAGUUACUGACCAAUUCGCAAUCAUUGAAUCGAUCGUCAGCUCACCACAGUAAUUGUAUAAUUCGUUUAGUCGACUGAACUUUUGCUCGAACGAAUUUCAUUCGUUUCAGCAGAGUCUCGUUAGAUCAACCACUUCUCUUCUCACUGCGCGCAUUCUCCACGGAAAUGUCACGUUUGCUCGAAUCGUAAACGGCGUGACGCGCUCAUUCGAAUAUUUACGGCCCUAAUCUGUAACCCAUUCUGCCGCCAGUACGUAGAUCUUAUCGCGUUGUUGUCACGUAAUGAUACGGUGUUCGAAAGGCCGCGAUCUCGCGCCAACUACGACAUAAGGGCGAGCUGUCCUCGUUGUUAAAGAUUAUGCUUCCACUUGGACGAAUUUAAUGUCGUGUUAAUUCGAAUUUUCGCACGAAGGAGAAACACGUGGAGGAAGACAUCGUCGUCCCUAUCAGGGAUUCUGUCUUGUACAUAACAAGAUACUGCGUCACAAGACACUGCGAGCUUAAAUCAUAACGACUUUCUACUCGUCAAUCGGUUCCCACCAUACUUGACCACUUUCACGUUCAGCCAUUAUACCGAUGAUAUCCGACAAUUAAGUCCGUGCGUGCGAAAUCGAGGCGCGCCGGCAAGCGCCUUUCGAGAGUGAUGGCGAGCCCGACGUUUUUCUGAGCAUUCUCGAUCCUUACACGUAACUGCCGCGCGUUUGUGUGCGUUUGCAUGUACGGGCGUGUGUGCAUGUGUGCGCGUUGAGUGUAUUCUAUCGUAUAGAAGGAGGUGUAUUUGUGUUACGCACUCCUCGCGAAUAUUUACGCCGAGAUCCCUUCGCCGCGGUUGCUCACCGAUUAAUCUUUAAACGUCGUGGACGCUUGGCGCACGAAGAGAGACGUCGCUGAUGCCCGUUUCGGACGAUUCAUGAGGUCGCGAGGAACUCGCGGACAGAUUCACAGAUGUGAAUAUCGCGAGGUAUCCUCGAGAUCUGCGCGACUCCCGCGAUUUGCUGACGAGAAAUGCCGCGACCCUUCUUCUGUAAUACCGAUUCUUUGAGUGUUCUCCGCGUGUUACGGAGCAGAAUCGAAGACACAGGAUCGUCCGGAGCGAGUGGCUUGUCUGUGACAUGCGAUGAAAAUUCCGAUUUUCGACUGUCAUCCACAUGAAAGUUCCAGGUGGAACUUGUGAGACACCCUGAUCGCUUGGAUUGCACGGCGAUAAUUCUAAGGUUUCUAUGCUCAAGAUCGGCUUUUUUAGACAACACCGAUAGGAUAGGUUAUCUAAUAGGAGACGACUCUACGUAUAUAUAUUUUUUUCAAUUUUUACCGACAGUUUUUGUAUGGAAGGAAUAAGUGGCGGGACGUCCGGCUCUCUUCGAAAGUUUCUUUCGUGAGGAUGACAGUUGGCGGGGACCGGGCCCGGGGCUGAACGGCGACUUUCGCGUAAUAUCGAGUAUUUAAAGAGCACAAUAAUUCCAGAUCAUCUCGAAAUAUACGACUUAAACAUUCGAGUAUUGUUAGCGCCGCUCAAGUAUCCGAAUAUCCGCUACAAUUGAAUACUUUGGAUUAGGAUAAAAACGUUUCUUCUCCGAAGAAAAGUAAAGCGAAAGAAAGAAAAAAAAAAGGAAUCUCCUAAGUGCAUAGAGGUGUCCCUCUUUUGUAAACUUUAAUUUUAGACUUAUAGGUCUCGAGAUCUAAUCUUUUUUACAUAUCCACUCUUGUCUCGCAAUACAUACAUACACUACUUAAAUACCGUCGUUGAUCGCCUUGCAUUACUCGAGCAGUGCGCGAAUAAUGGAUACUUUCCAAAUUUUCAAGAGUAACAUUCAACUAAUCGAAUGGUCCACGCCUUAUGUCCCGCGUAUGUGUGUGUACAUAUUACAAAGAAAUUUUAUAAAUGAGAUGACAGCGA